AAAGCUGAAGCAUUCGUGUUCGGCGCCUGUUCGCGGCAUUUGCGAUUGGGAUUUUAUUCAAAAGCUUAGACGCGCAGCAAAUUAGGGUUUCGAUCUGUGAAGGCUCAAAAUUCAUCACCGAGAUCGAUCAUGAUUUACGACGUUAACUCCUCUCUCUUCCGCUCCUUCCUCAGCCAGAAAGGAGGCUCUUCCGACAGGUGGAAAAUGGAGCAGAAGCCGAAAGAACAGAGACCAAAAGCCAGUGAGAAUAAGCCUGUUAUGUCAGAAUGAGAAUGAGUUGUUUAAAUCCUUACCGAUUCUCUUCCGUUUUAGUAAAGUUCUUAAAAAUUAAACACAAAAAUGGAGUUUGGUUGAAGUUGUAGAAUAGACAGAUUCCAUGGACUUGACCUCAAAUAGUUCAAAUUGCAACUGGAGCACAGGCUUGGCUUCUUAGUUAACAAUUAAAGGGCAGGGUGGAACCUUUAACUUUAAGUAAGGUGGGUGUCAAAGCAAGUGAUGAAAAAGAAGUGAAGACCAAAGAGUUUAGAGGUCAACUGAUCUGACUCCCAAAAGUUGUGUCGACAAAGCUCGCUCUCCAUCGUCUAUCUAGCAAUGGAGGAUGGAGGAAGGAAGUUGUUCUGGCGAGCGAGACUAAGAAAGAAAGGGGAGAGAGUUUGAGCCAUACAAUUUUGACACCAGAAAGGCAGAAACUUUUGCCCCAAUUCGAAAGGUGGACAAUCUCUUUUAUCUUAUCUCCAUCUGCAAUAUUUAUUACUUCCAAAACUGAUAUGUCAUUCAUUUAUUACUUUCAGAAAUUUAUCUAUGGAUGCUAUUUUGUGCCCUCUCUUUUCUUCUUGGGGUGUGCUGCCAAAGUUGGGUUAGGGAUGUCAUGUCAAUCACCAUAUUUUCGAGUUUGUUCCUAAGUUCCUCAACCUGACCAACCCGACUAGAGUGGUUAACCCAAUCCGACCCAUUCCAUCCCUCGUAUCACGAAAUUGGGUCUUGGGGUUUAACACUUUUGACUCAACAAAUUUUAAUGGUGAGGCAAGGCAAGAUGACUCACAAUUGGAUUAAAGCAGAGAUGCCCAUGUGAUGGGGAAAGAUUUAAAUAUACUUGUUUUAAAUAAUGUUAUAAAAUAUCCUAAGACAAAAAAUAAUACUCUACAAUCAAAAAGUUCAACCAACAUAAUAUCAAAAAAAUUCAAAAUUUAAUAUCACUACAUGGGUCGUCAACAACUUAUUUACUAUAACAACAACAAUAAUAAAAGAUAAGUGAAUAAUUGGGGUGGGGUGGGGCGUGGACAUGGACAUGGACAUGGACAUGGAGGAGGAAUAAAGUUUUCGUCCCCAUCCCAAUCUAGUAAACUCUCCUCGCUCCCUCCCCUGUACAUCAAAAUAUUUUUUUAAUAUAUCAUAAAAAUUUAAACACUAUACAAAAUUAUUAAACACAUCUUUAAAACCAACUCAAAUUUACUCCUUUAUUGGAGUGUUCAUGAAAGUUCAGAAACUAAAAUGAAAUUUCACCCUUCGUUUAUAUCGUUUAAGAAUGGAUUGUGAAGUGGAGGAAUGAAUGAGUGGGUUUUGGCAUUUGCAUGUGGAAAAUUUGGGUACACAACCACUCUAAGCCUCUUCUUGUCAUCCAACUCCUAUAAACAUAUGGGCUUCUGAUGUUUGUUCAUUUCACCUACCAAUCCUUUUCUCUCUUUUUAAAGUUUCCUCCUUCAACCUCUCAUAAUUGCUAAUGUUUUAUGCCUUUUUGGCCUACACAGCCACACCCAGAGGAUCCCAUGUUAUGACUCACUGUAAUGUCCCUUUCGAUUCAAACAAAUUAUUCACUGUUCUCAUUCUACCAUUCACGUCCUAUGACAUGUUAUCGUUUCUUCCAUUAUUUGUUAUUUUAAAGAAGAGUCUAGUUCUACUUAUCUCUAUGUAUAUAAAUCAUUGAUGACGUAGAAAUCGUAUAUAGAAAAGUAGGCAGUUGGUUAGAAGAAUAAAAUGUCAAUAGCUACAAGACUAACAUUGUAGAUUAUGAGUGUGACUGUGGAUUAUGACCCCUUGGUGCCUUAUCUGGCUUCUCUUGGGCUUCUGGUUCAUCUAGUUCCUCUACAUGUAGGUACAAGUACUUUUCAUGCUCUAUAUGUCCAUGUCCAUGUUUAGGAGCAUGUGAUGAUGAGGGAUCAACCUCAAAAGCAUAAUAUAGUGGAGUAUGAAGAUAUCAUGAAUCAGCACGGGAUCGGUUUCUUCAACUCACGUCGAACACUUUUGGUACAACUUGUUUCAUGCCUAAUUGUCUCAUUACUCUGUUGGAUAUAUGCUAAUCAACAACAUGAAAGCAUAUGGGAAAACUUACCGUACACUAGAUAUCGUGACCGCUUCUACAUUAAUUAGGUAAUGUCGUGAUGGCACCGAUCUGAAGCUUCCAAAUACAAUCCUUAGAACCCUUAGAGAUGAAACCAAUUUAGAUCAAGGACAGAAAGAUAAGAAAACUUAAUAUUCUUACCUCAACAUUGCCCAAUUCAGCCAAUCCAUACUGCCCGUAGUUUCUCCCAUUGUUCAUCAACGAGCAUAGACAGAUUGGGGAUAGGAGACUGGUGUGUGGACCAGUGGUGGGGAUUUGGAAAACUUCUUUAGAAGUUAAUGAUUAGAGACGAAUGGGGUGUAGGGUCUGUGUAGCGUGAGUGCAUGUGUGACUUGAGUACUGUCCUUGGGCGAGAUGCUGCUAUUGAAUCCCUCUUUUAUGCUAGAGUUGUCAUCAUCUCAUCAUCUUCACAACCUUUAUUUUAAACUUCUAACCAUCCCAGCCCAACACCCGACUUCAAAUAAUACCCGACCAUACAAUCAUCGAUACGUUAUAUAGUCUCUCUUUCAUGUAGAUACGCUAUCCCUUCUGUCUCUCCUUGGAGCAUACAGAUCCACCCAAUCAAAUGAACAAAAGAACAACAAACGGGUAGGAGAAGAGGAGAACAAUAUCUAGGCAAGCCCUGAACCAAACUCGAAAACGAGCUGGGAAUAACAGGAAGAGUCUAGGAAAGAUUCGACAUGGAGUGGAAGUACUUGGUCGCUAGAGUUUCCUUUUCCUCGAUCGAUUAUUUAUGUUGUUAUAGUUGAAAGAUGUUAUAGGGCUCAAUCAAGUGUCAACAGUGGAAUGUGGAAGACAAACAGACACUUUUAGAAAGUAGCUUUUUUUUUCCCUUUCCAAAUGUUAGUUAGAUCAGACCCCCUCCUCUCCUCUCCUCUCCUCUUUCCUUCAUUUACACCUUUCUCCACUUUUCUCUCUUCCACAGACUCAGUUCAGCCUCCCAUUCCAAGCUUCCAAAGAUUCAGAAGAAGAAGAAAAUGAGUAAAGAAGAAGAAGAAUUAGAAUUCUCCCCAUUAGCUCAGUUUGUGUCUGAAAUCUCCCAAUUCUUCUCCUUACUUAUCUCACACCCUCUCUAUUUCUCUUAUUUCCUGUUCUUCUCCCCUUAUCUUCUCAGGCUCCUCUCCUUUGUUUCCCCUCUUUUAGGCACCACAUUCCUCUUGAUCCUCCAGCCCUUUUUCUCCCAUACCCACCAAACCCAUUUAGAUGACCAAACAUUCCCUCUCCCUCAGCACCUUGAGUGGUUCAACACCGUCUUCAACGCACCCACUGACAUCCCCACAAACCCAUUUCCACUUCAAGAACCAGAGAUCAACAAACAAGAAGCAAAAGAAGAGGAUCGUGAGGAUGAAGAGAGUAGAGAAAAUGGGAUUGAAAUGGGUAAGAAGAGCUUUUUGGUGGGGUGUAAAGAGUUUGAAGAUGAUGAGGAUAGAAUGGAUUUGCUUUGGGAGAAGUAUGAGGAGAAGGAUGAAAAGAGCUGCAAUUUAAAGAAGGAUUUGAGGAGUUUGGUGAAUAUUCAGAAGGAAAUGGAAGAAGAAGAAGAAGAAGAAGAAGAAGGAGAAA